CUCUUCUUCAAUUAUACUCUUACUAUUUUUUGUAGACACUCACUACAUUGAAGUUAGACUCAAACGACAUCGAUGAUCAAGGAGCACAAUAUCUGGCCAAUGCUCUAGAACACAACAACACACUCAUCAUAUUGAGCCUAUCCUCAAACAAAAUCGGCGAUCGAGGAGCCAAACAUUUGGUCGAUGCUUUACAGCACAACAACACUGUCACUACACUUAACUUGAACUCCAACCAGAUCUGUAAUAAAGCAGCUCAACAUCUGAUCAAUGUUCUACGACAAAAUAACUUAACACAAGCAUUCACUAGACUGAAUUUGAACUCUAACGAAAUCGAUCCACACGUAGUGGAAGAUGUGACCCAUACUUCACAACACAAUAGCACAAUAACUACAGACUUAACUUCGAACGUAACCGAAUCAAUUAACAACUCACACAAUAGCCGGCCAAUGCCCUGCAAGAAAAGAAAGUAA